AUGACCUCCGCUAGCGACUCUGUCUCUUCGCAUUCUAAUUCCAUGGCCUCGCGCGAGCAAAGAAUUGAACCCCAGGCUGAGACUGACACUGCCGUCCAACAAUCCGAGCAUGAUAUUUCUGCAGGCAUGAAACAUCAGGCUAGCUCCAUAACUGCUGGGAAUCCAAUUUCACAGUUUGGAAACUCAGCGAGUGUUGUCGUUUCCGAAAAUAUUUCAACUAUGAAGGAGGUAAUGAUGGAUGAUGCCCUCCCUUGCGCACAAGAGGCCUUGCAAACCGUGGGUGAGCAGAUUCAGGCUCUCACGAACGGAAAGAAGGGCAGGGAGGAGUCGACAUCGGAAGAGCUUUCCUUGACAUCCGAGGAGCAGGAACGCAUCGACACCAUGGACAACGAGCGGGUCUGUGACUUCCUACGAGAGACACACAUGAGUACUACGCGACCACGAAAGACAAACUAG